AUGGAGUCACAACAACAACCACUCAAAGCUGGCCCAUCCAACUACGCCAUCCGAGCUCAACACACCCCAACGACCAUCACAAUCUACCAUGCAUACUCACCGUCAAUCGCCAACGCAGCAGUGGCCGCCGGGAAAUUUGUGGCCCCCUUCAAGCGCGGGCGCAUGACCUGGAUCAAGCCCUCAUUCCUCUGGAUGGCCUACCGCUACGGCUGGGCGACAAAGAAAGACCAGAAGCGGGUGCUGGCUCUAGAAGUCACACGCGAAGGGUUCCAUUGGGCACUGGCGCAUGCGUGCCCCAGCCACCCGUCUCCGCACCUGUACGCGGACCAGGCGACGUGGGAGAAGCGCAAGGAGGAGAGCCCCGUGCGCGUGCAGUGGGAUCCUGAGAGGGAUUUCGAGUUCCGCGCGCUUGAGUAUCGGUCGCUGCAGGUUGGGUUGAAAGGGGAGGCGGUGGAUCGUAUGUGGAUGAGUGGAUUGUGGGGAUCAGGGAUGUUACGGGGCUGAUGCGGGAGGUGGGGAGGUUGGCAGGCGAGGGGAGACUGGAUGAGGCGAGGGAAAUGAUGCCGGUGGAGGAGGAGUAUGUUUUACCGGCGGAUGUGGCAAGGGUUAUUGGUGCG